AUGUCGUUCAAUUAUCUGUCGGAUGAAAUUCUGCGGGGAUUUGAUACCUAUAAAUACAGUUCUGUUGACAACAGUCCUGUGAGUAAUUACGUGACACAUCCAUUCUGGAAUUGGGUAGUUAAGUUUCUACCAAGAUGGUUGGCCCCAAACUUAAUGACUCUGGCUGGUUUCGUACAGCUGCUUGUCAAUUUCUUCUUGCUGACCUAUUAUGAUCCUCACUUUUGGGCAGCUUCAGACCAGGUCCUUGAAUACCCUCCCAUCCCGGCCUGGGUGUGGCUUGUUUGCGGGCUCAAUAACUUCAUAUCUCACACUUUAGAUGGAUGCGAUGGCAAGCAAGCGCGGCGUACAAACUCCAGCACGCCACUCGGCGAGUUGUUUGAUCACGGCCUCGACAGCUGGGCUGCCCUCUGCCUCCCUGUGGCCAUCUACUCCGUAUUUGGUCGUGACGACUGGGGGGCCAAUGCCUACACGUUCUACCUGGUCCUCGCCUGUGUCCUCGGUUGCUUCAUCAUGUCGCAUUGGGAGAAAUACAAUACAGGAAUCUUGUUUUUGCCAUGGGGCUAUGAUAUCAGCCAACUGGCCAUGACGGGAGCUUAUCUUAUAACAUUCGCGUUUGGCUACCAGUUCUGGAAAAACACCAUCUUGCUGCCUAUCAUUGGGACAGUGACUGUUGCUGAUUUGUCUCUUUUAUCAUUAUUUAUGGGAUCAUUGGGGAUGUCGCUGCCAAUGACGAUGUAUAAUGUGUACAGAGCAUACAAAGACAAGACCGGGAAAAUGUAUGGAUUUUACGAAGCGAUGCGGCCGCUGCUGUCGUGUUUUGCUUUAUUCAUCCUCAUCACCCUGUGGAUCUACCUGUCCCCGGCCAAUAUUCUACUUCACCAAGCAAGAUUAGUCUACUGGACGCUAGGAACCAUUUUCUCAAAUAUCACCUGUCGUCUAAUUGUAAGCCAGAUGAGUUCAACUCGCUGUAGCGGCUUCAACUGGCUGCUGGUGCCGCUGAUAUUGGUGGUCGGAGCCGUCCUGUGUACAACUUUAGCCAAGUAUGAGAUGGAGAUGGCGUGGGGGCUCUGCAUUUUCGUGACAAUUGCACACAUUCAUUAUGGCUUUAACGUGGUGCGGCAGUUGUGCGACAAGUUGAACAUCUACGCUCUGACACUUGAAAAGAGAGAGAAAGUGACCAAUAACCUAAAGAGGAAAUAGAAAAUCACGGGUACUGAUUUAGGCACUGCCUUGGUGUAAGUUCUUAAGGCCAAUCAAAUUAUAUUUUAUGGUUCUUGUCAGCCACUUUUAGAAAACGGGUGCAUGAUUCAAUCACAGAAGUCAGUGUGUUUUAUACGGUCAAGCAGUGACUAAGCUGUCCAAAAAAUUUACAGUGUUCUCCACAAUUUCACAGUUUGACUCGACUCAAAAAUUUCCCGAAGUCAGACUCGCUUCACAACUAGCUUCAAGACGUCAACUGACUGAGUCAGUUCCUUCAUCAUCCUGAAGGUGGCGUUCAUGUUACUUUAAGUUGAAGCCUUAAGAGAACUAAUAUACGGCCGGAGGGGGGAAUUUUUGGUCGAAAAAGUAACAAAGAUCUUCGCCGGAUGGCGCUGAAAGUGUAGGACAGUCACCAACAUGGUCAUUGAACAUUUUUGAGAAUCUGUGUCUCCGAGAACUAUUAGUCAGCCUGUAUGUACGGGACAGUGAAGAAAAAUUAGGCCUAUAACAAGUAAAAUAAUGAGCCUUUUGUACAGGCACCCCUAAACCACCUUCAACCAAUCGACACAGUAUAUUCCUGGGUACAUAUGAAGAUGUACAUUUUAUUUUAUUCUAGAAAUAAUUUAAUAAAUAGUUUUUUGACACCCUGUAUAUUCAGGUGCUUACCCAAAGAGCUCAUGCUUAUCUUUCCAGAACGGAUGUAUAAUUUUUCUUCUGUUAUUUAAAAAAAAAGUUUUAUAGUUGCUUUCCAGAUUCUCUGUGAUUUCUUUAUGAUUCCAAUUGAACUCAAGUCAAAUGUUAGUUGCAUCAUUUCAAGGUCAUCAGCAAAGGCUCGGGUUUGUUUCAUCAAAUUUUGAAAUUUGAAAUUGAAUUUCAGAUUUGAAAUUACAUUUACGUUAUUACACAUUGAACAUUGAUGUACGCACUUAAAUGAACAGUAUACAUACCAUGUUUCAUUGAGCUGGUGUGUAUAGUUUAUACUGCACUAUUGCCAUAUUUGUUAUCACUACCGGUAGUAAACAAUGCACACAUACAGACCUGGUCUUUAAAAGUAGCCAUAUUGACAAGUGACCCACUACACCAGUUACACCUUGAUGUUGUUAAAGUAAGAUGCUAAACAUUGUUGGUGUUUGUAUGUACAUGUAUGAUCAAAAGAUAUACAGGGUGUUUCGAAAAACAUGAUACAGUCUUCUUCUUUCUGUUUGCAACAUUAUACAGUUGUGAGGGUGUAUAACUUUUAUUUAAAUAACUUUUGCCUGGUUAUUCAGUAUCAUUGUAAACUGUGCCAUGAUUUUUUGAAAUGCACUGUAUUAGUAUUUAUGAAUAAUUAUCUAGUGUAUUAAGUUGAUUUCAAAGUUGAGUUGAUAGUGGUAGAUUUUAUUUUUGCAUGAAGAGUGAAAUGUCUGUUUCAAAAUAUUAUAGGUACAGUGGCAGUCGGGAGGAAUUUGUGUGAGAGUAGUGAUCAAUUCACUCCCGUGAUGGCAUUUUACGUAAGUAAUGUACAGUAAUUGAAGUUGAAGCAAGGAUGUCCACGGGAAAUGUCC